AUGGAGUUCUUCGAUUUUGAUGAGGCUGCAUCCGGUUCCCACAUACGGGACGACGAUGUUGCCUCUGACACAAUCGAAAUUGAUGAGAACGAUGCUGAGGAAAACUAUCAGGCUCUUGUGAAAGAACAGUCGCAUGAAUUGCCAAAUUUCCUCCCGAACCAAAAUGUCUCCCAGGGAUUCAUGGCUGAUACUCCUGACCCAGAGGGCAUUUAUCCCAUGGGCCGUGCCAAAGAACCAUGCGACUUCUGCCGGAACAUGGGGCUAGACUGCUUCAUGGCGAAACGCGGUGUGAUGCAAAAAACGGGUGGUUGCACUUGCUGCAUUUCUCUGUAUCGGGAAUGUAGCUUCACCCAGACAAUGCCCAAAUUCCCGGGAAUGGACACACUGCAUCCAAUUUCUGAGAACAUCGAUAUUCCCACCGGUGGCCUGACGGGCAAAAAGGCGCUCAAGUCCUUUUCUGGCAUAUCAGAAGACGUGGACGCCCGCGCAAGAAAAAGCAGCUCGCGGCUCUCGCGAGAGUCGGUCCGGAUCCUCAAGGGUUGGCUCAACGAGCACAGCGACCACCCUUACCCCAACGAAGAAGAGAAGGAGGAAUUGAAGUUACGGACAGGACUGAGACGGACUCAGAUCACCAAUUGGCUCGCCAAUGCUAGACGGCGUGGUAAAGUCCGACCUGCGCCUCGAAGCAGUUCGCCCGUCCCGGGCGCGAUUGAAAUCCCCAGACAACCAGAGGUUGAUCACACGCUCCUGACUCCGUUGGAACGUUGGAAGUACUCUCCCCCUGAAAACGAACCGGCUGCCAUCUCCAACAUUUUGCGAGCUUUGAAGGACACAUCCCUCGAAGUACGUCAGGGGGCACAGUCCGGUCACGUGCGCUCUCAGUCUCGGAGGACUGGGUCUAGCAAUGACUCAAGCCAUGCCAACUCGAAUGUCUUCGACGCGUCUUCCCUAGUUAGCAGCCAUGAAACCAGUCAUUCAGCAAGUCGUUCUUCUUUGUCUGACCUCUCUUUUGCUUCUGCAUUUUCUCAUCGUUCCUCCCUCGGCUCAUUCGGCUCGAUGGACCGGAAAGAACGACGUCGCCGUCGCAAGCCGUCUACAUCUGCAAAUACCUUUGCUCAACAGAAGGCAAAGGGUGCUGUCCGGAUCUACCAGUGUACUUUCUGUGCCGACUCUUUCCAGACUAAGUAUGACUGGCAGCGCCAUGAGAAGUCCCUUCACUUGGCUCUUGAGAAAUGGACUUGUGCACCACAUGGGGGCGUGGCCUUCUUGAACGGUGCUAAUCGCUGUGUAUUCUGUAUGGCUGUCAACCCAGACAAUGACCAUCUUGAGGCACACAACUAUAGCAGCUGUGCAGAGAAGUCUUCAGCUGAGCGAACGUUCUAUCGGAAAGACCAUCUCAACCAACAUCUCCGAUUGAUGCAUAACGUGCGCUUCGAUCCUUCCAUGGAUCAAUGGCGAAGUCAUACCACUGAAAUCAUAUCCAGAUGUGGUUUCUGCGGAAUCACUUUGACGACCUGGAAGGGUAGAGCGGAUCACCUCGCUACCCACUUCAAGAACGGUGCCGACAUGGUUCAAUGGCAGGGUGACUGGGGUUUCGAACCCGUUGUGCAAAGCCUUGUCGAGAACGCUAUGCCACCAUAUCUCAUUGGUCAUGAACGCAGCACUCUUGAUCCGUUCAAGCUCUCGGAAUACAACAAUAGAGCGCCUAGUUUGACGAUUCCAGAAGACGCCAAUUGUUUUGAUCGCCUAAAAGCGGAGCUCGGCGCCUUCAUCCAAGAGAACAUCUCAACUGGCGUCAGGCCAACCGACAAGAUGAUUCAAGAUCAAGGGCGACAAGUAGUAUAUGGAUCCGAUGAUCCAUGGAACCAGACCUGUGCUGAUAACCCCUUCUGGUUGAAUAUUCUUAAACGCGAUAAUGGUCUUGAGCCUGCGCCGGGCUUUGAACAUGCUCAGUUUUCCAACUUGGAAAUGCAGAAACCUUUUGCAUCUCACGAAGGUCUUCGGCGACCUCCAAUGUGUGCUCGUCAGUCAUACGGGCCAGGAUACUCCAGCUCUGGAAUCCAGAGCCCCGCUAUCCCGAGCACGGGCCGAUCUUCUGCUGCCCCAAGCGUUCCUGGAAGCUCGGCUGGCAGCUUUUCAGGCAGUGGAGUGUACUCGGCUACACGGCCCUCCGGGUUAUCGGUCGACUGGGGCAGUAGCGCGUCAGCCGGGGUAUCGUCUUUCUCGACACCGCUGAGCACGUCUGUCGACCCAUUUGUGCAGAUGGGCUUUGACCCUGAGUUCCUGCAACAUUUAAAUAACCGUUACGAGGAGGAGCUUCCAUUGGAUAGCUUGCAAGACAUGACUUUUGAGGCUAACGAUGGCGGCGUAGGAGGCCUCGAGAACAUUGAACACAUGGACACAACGGGAGUAACCAGUGGCCCAACUGCUCCGAUCCCGAUCCCCACGUCGAAACAACCCGAUGCGGCGAUGCCUGAUGCGGCUCCCGUACCGGGUCUUCACUUUGGCGCCGCGGAUAGAACUGGACUGUGA